AUGUCGCCGCCCAUCGCCACCGACAACCCCGUCAGCACCCCGCCGCGCCCGCCGACCCCGGUCCACGGCUUCGGCACCCUCGCCGUCCACGCCGGCUCACCUCACGACCCCGCGACCGGCGCCGUCAUCGAGCCCAUCUCGCUCUCCACCACCUUCGCCCAGACCGCCGUCGGCAAGCCCGUAGGUGACUACGAGUACUCGCGCUCCUCCAACCCCAACCGCACAAACUUCGAAAACGCCGUCGCCGCCCUCGAGCACGCCCGCUACGCCCUCGCCUUCUCCAGCGGCAGCGCCACCACCGCGAACAUCCUCCAGAGCCUGGCGGCCGGCAGCCACGUCAUCUCCGUCUCCGACGUCUACGGCGGCACCCACCGCUACUUCACCCAGGUCGCCAAGGCCCACGGCGUCAAGGUCACCUUCACCCCCGAGAUCGAGGUCGACAUCAGCGAGCACAUCACCGACCAGACGCGCCUCAUCUGGAUUGAGUCGCCCUCCAACCCCACCCUGCGACUCGUCGACAUCCGCGCCGUUGUCUCCGAGGCGCACAAGCACGGCAUUCUUGUUGUCGUCGACAACACCUUCCUCUCCCCCUAUGUCCAGAACCCUCUCGACCUCGGCGCCGACAUCGUCGUCCACUCCGUCACAAAGUACAUCAAUGGCCACAGCGAUGUCGUCAUGGGCGUCGCCGCCUUCAACAGCGACGACCUCAAGGCCCGCCUGAGCUUCCUCCAGAACGCCAUUGGCGCCGUCCCCUCGGCGUUCGACGCCUGGCUCGCCCACCGCGGCCUCAAGACGCUGCACCUGCGCGCCCGCGCCGCCUCUCACAACGCGACCACGGUCGGCCACGCCCUCGAGGCCUCGCCCCACGUCAUCGCCGUCAACUACCCCGGCCUCGACUCUCACCCUCACCGCCACAUCGCCAAGAAGCAGCACCGCGACGGCAUGGGCGGUGGCAUGCUGUCGUUCCGCAUCCAGGGUGGCCAUGCCGCUGCCGAGCGCUUCUGCCAGCUCACCAAGAUCUUCACCUUGGCUGAGAGUCUGGGCGGAGUCGAGUCGCUGGUCGAGCUGCCCAGCAGCAUGACCCACGCCGGCAUCCCGCGCGACCAGCGCGAGGCCGUCGGCGUGUUCGACGACCUCGUCCGCCUGAGCUGCGGCGUCGAGGAGGCCGAGGACCUCAAGAACGAUGUGCUUCAGGCUCUCGAGAAGGCUGUCAAGGGCCCCGCCAGCAACGGCGUUGCCAACGGCGUCAACGGCCAAUAA